AUGGUAAUUGAGCAAAUAGAGACUGUUAAAGAAGAUAACAUCACACAAAAUAUGUCAAGGGUAGAUUGGAAGAAGAAUGGGAUUCACAACAAAUUCUUGAAUGCCAUCAACCAAAUAGGUCUUCAUAAUGCUGUUCCAACCAGCAUACUUGGGUUAAUGAAUACCCCUGGAUUAACUAGAGAACAGGUUGCCAGUCAUUUACAGAAAUAUCGCAAACAUUUGAGACUAAUGAAAGAAUUAGCAAGUCAAUCAAGUAAAACAGCACAACUAGGAGAUCCAAAUUCCCUUACAAAAAGAAACCAAAGAAAGCAGAAGGAACCUUUGGUUGAUCAUGGCUUCAACACACCUAGCUUGCCUAGUGACAACAUUCAAAAUGUCAGAAACAUGCCAUCAAACAAUCUUAAUCAGAAUCCAAGCUUUAGCAAUACCAAUAAUGGCACUGCAAACUUGUCUGGAUUUAACCAGAUGCCCAUUGGUCAUGGGCCACCAAAUGGUAACAAUUGUGGCUACAGUAGGAUGGAUGAGAUUCGAAAUGGAAAAAGGCCUCUAGGGUUAGCUUCUUCUACUGGUUUAAUGCCUCAAGGGUUAGCUCCUUCUGGUGGGUUGGUGCCUCAGGGACCAAUUCCUUCUAGUGGUUUAAUGCCUCAAGGGUCAUCUCAUUCUGAUUAUCCUUCUCAAGGGUUAAAUUAUUCUACUAGUUUAAUGCCUCAAGGUUUAGCUCCUCCUGGUGGGUUGGUGCCUCAGAGAUCAAUUUCUUCUAGUGGAUUUGCAAGCACUAAUCCAUUUUCACCGCCACCGCCACAACUACAACAACAUGACAUUGAAGUUGGAGAAGAAGUUAAUAGCAGAUUAGAGUUACGUAUGGAAAACAAUUCCUCAUUCGGAAACUUCUCAUUUGGGCCAUCAUUUGAUGGAGAUUAUCUUUGUGAUAUGUUCAUGCCAAUAGGUCAAUCACCUAAUCAGAUAGAAGAUAGAAGUUUGUGGAGAAGUAAUGGAUCUUGA